CUGGGAUGGGAGAGCAGCAGACCCGAUAUCACUUGCCAGGAUAAGUGAUAUCCAAGACUGGAUAUCAAGUGAUUGCCAGGAUUAGCUCUUCCUCCAAGGAGUCCGGAGCACGGUGUUUAUCCUCAACAACCCUGUGAGGUGCAUUAGGCUGAGAGAGAAAUGACUGGCCCAGAGUCACCCAGUGAGUUUCAUGGCUACAUAACAUAAGAACAACCUUGCUGGAUCAGGUCCACAGCCUAUCGAGUCCAGAAUCCUGUUUCCCACAGUGGUCCACCAGAUGCUUCUGAGAACUCCACAGCACACCACUGGCUCACAUUCAGCUUGCGAUGGAUUGCAUUCUGGAGAUUCUUCGCAUAUGUAUCUCUGCCAAAUCAGGGAAAACACCCAAAAUGACAAGCGACAUGGUAGAGGACGAACUGGAAUUCUACUCUAAGGCAGAGAAAUACUGGAAGGACAUCCCUCCCACAGUGGACGGCAUGUUGGGUGGAUACGGACAUAUCUCCAGCAUCGACAUCAACAGCUCCAGAAAGUUCUUGCUCCAGUUCCUACAGGAAGGACCAAACAGGACAGGGACAUCCCGAGCCUUGGACUGCGGGGCUGGCAUCGGCAGGAUCACCAAGCGACUGCUCCUGCCCCUCUUCAAAGCGGUGGACAUGGUAGACGUCACGGAGGAUUUCCUCAACAAGGCCCGCACCUACCUUGGGGAGGAAGGCAGGCGGGUCAGAAAUUACUUCUGUUGCGGCCUACAGGACUUCAGCCCCGAGCCCAGUGCUUACGACGUCAUCUGGAUCCAGUGGGUAAUAGGGCACCUGACGGACGACCACCUCUCCAGUUUCUUGAAGAGGUGCCGGCUGGGCCUACAACCCAACGGCAUCAUUGUCAUUAAGGACAAUAUGGCCCAGGAGGGCGUCAUCAUGGACGACGUAGACAGCAGCGUCUGUCGGGACCUGGACGUUGUGUGCAAGAUCAUCCGCCAGGCUGGCCUCAGCCUCCUCGCCCAAGAGAAACAGGAGAACUUCCCCGACGAGAUCUAUCACGUCUACACUCUGGCCAUGAGAUGAAUGAACCCUCUCCAGCCUCACCGAGAUUGCUCUCCCAGAGUUCUCGUGGCACCACGUCUGAGCGAGAGCGGCCUCCGGGGUUCCUCCACGGUGGAGGGUCUGAGAUGAACAAGCCAGGGAGACGGUCCAAAAAUCUGGGGAGGUGUCUUAACAGUUGUGGCGGAGACUGGUCUGGGGCGGGGGGGAGUGCAGCAGAGUUUGGCUUUUUCUUUGUUUGGCCUCUGCGAGCGACUGCUGGUUUUUUGUCGGAAAGAAAAUCUGCCUAAUACACGCGAGUGUGGUCGCAGCUCUGGGUGUGAA